UAUUCAUGUGGGUGUUCUUUCUUUUUCUAUGUUGAUGUUUGUUCCUUCUAGUUUGUUCUUUGAUCGAAAAGAAGUCUCAUCAUUCGAAUAAGAGUAUGUUGUUAGUUGUGAUCGCGCAGCUGAUGAUAUAAGCCUAUAAGGCCUAGAAUAACAUGUACUAAUGAAUAAUCUUCAAUGAAAUGCAAUUGUGUGUUGUAUCAACAUUUUGUAUGGAUUAUUUCAAUCAACUGUUCCUUAAUCCUAAAAAAGUUCGAGGUUGACUAUAUGAAUCUGUCCAUACUGACAUACUCUGUUUUAUUCUGAUUUACACAACUUUCCUGGCAAACAGCAGGCCUAUUAUAAGUUUUAGUUGCUCGGACUCUCUAAAAACAGUUGUACCUAUGUCGAAUCCAAAAAGUAGUACUGUGCCCGCGUGAGUUUGAUCCUCAAAAGAUAAUACUACUUUUUGGAGGAUCUUGUUGGGAAAAAAUUACACAAAUAAUAUUCACAAUUAUCUAUGUUGAAUAAUAGUUAUUGAAUCUUUCAAAUCAUUUGUUUCUAAAUUUAGGAAAUAGGCAGUUGAAAAGGUUGAUUUUUCUAUGUUGUGUUUGUGCCAUGUAGUUACUAAUAAUUAUUGAAUCUUUUUCUAGUGUUGAAAGGUUGAUUUUGCCUGCUAGGCAAUUGAGGAAGCUCAACAUCUAAAAAACGUUGAUACAAGCUUCUUUCAUCAAAGUAGGAGAUAAGUUGUUUAUCAAACCUGAACUUUGGAAGUACCAAACGCCCAACCCCUGACCUUAAUUCCCUCCUUAUUAUCUCCAUCCAGGAGCUGAUAAAUUCCACAAAAUCUCAAUGGCUUCAAAACUCUCUUCUUGUUUAGCUUCUCGUCUAGUUUCCCAUUGCCUUCGUUCUGCCGUCACUGGCGCUGCUGCCGCAACCACCGCUGCUCUAUCCAAAUCUCACCCUUUGAUUUCAGUUUUCCACCACCAAUCGCAGCCAUUAGUAUUUCCCCAUUUCAAUACCAACCAAACUGUUUUCACCCUCAGAUCCUUCUCUACACUCUCCCGGCCCGCACGAUCUCACCGUUCAGCUCGGCCUGAUAUUGCAGCCAAAGCCCGGCAACUCCAAACCCGCCGUCUGUGGACCUAUGCCAUCACAUUCAGCUGCAUAGCAGGAUUCAUAGUAAUAGUCCUUAACCAAUUCCAAGACCAACUUGUAUUCUAUUUAACCCCUACAGAUGCUCUAGCAAAACAUGCUGAAAACCCUACAAGAUCCAAAUUUCGACUUGGUGGAUUAGUACUAGAAAAUAGUGUAACACCAAUACCCAAUUCCCCAGAAAUGGAAUUUGUGAUAACUGAUUUGAUUACUGAUAUUUUGGUUAAGUAUGAUGGGUCAUUACCGGAUCUUUUUCGGGAAGGGCACUCCGUUGUAGUAGAAGGGUUUAUAAAGCCAUUUACUGAAGAGAUGAAGAAGAAAGAGAAUGAAAUCUUGAGUGAGAAAAAGUUACAGCUAACUGAGAAGGCGAGAAGUGGGGAUUGUUACUUUGCAGCUACUGAAGUGUUGGCUAAACACGAUGAGAAGUAUAUGCCUCCUGAAGUUGCAGCUGCACUUGAGAAGAAUAAGCAGUUCCUUAGUCAGAUGGAAGGGAAUGAGGAAGAGGGUGAUGAUGCAGCACCUCCAGCUACAGUGAGGGCGUAAGGAUCGGUCAAUUAUAGAGUAUGGUAAAAAUUUUAAUUGAUUAUUUUCCCGAAAUGAUGGAGUUUUGUUAAAUUUCAAUUAUGAUUAUACUAUUGAAGGAAGUUAGAAAAAUGAAGGGAUAUAUAGUUGGUUUACUGAGGUUAUACAAUGAAUUUUGUUGUCAUAGAUUUUAUGUCCUGUACUAACCCUGAGGAAUGGGUUUUCAGUUUUGAAAUUUUGGAAUAUUUAGUGAAUAAAUGACAGUAAUUAUUUUUUAUGAAA